AUGAGCCAGAGGUCGGACUCAGAGGCCGAGGGCUUGCAGCCCGUGGUCUACACGUUGGAGGAACUGGAGUGCAAGAUCUGCUACAACCGCUACGACACGCGUACCCGCAAGCCCAAAGUCCUGAGCUGCCUCCACCGCGUCUGUGCCAAAUGCCUGAAGAAGAUGGUGGAGCUUGACUCCUCACCCAGCAUAAUCAGCUGCCCCUUCUGCCGCCAUGAGACGCACGUGCCGGAUGAGGAGAUCUGGCUCCUGCAGGAUGACAGCAACAUCCUGGCCAUCCUUACCUACCAGGACCGGGCAAGGAAGGGUGGCACGGCUCCAGCCGGGGAGGUGCUCCUCACACCCGGCAGCCUGACUGGUGGUGUGGUAGGUGGGGGCAACGGGAGCGGAGGUGGGGAGCAGGCUCACAGCUCCUCAGACUGCCUAGUCAUCACCAUAAUGGAGGUUCCAGGCGAGUCGCAGUCGUCUGACAGCAUGAGCAUGCUCAACAUGGUCCGUCUGUACCGGCCGGCUAGCCUGGACUCACUUCCUUGCCACCUACCGGUGCAGAAGUGUCGCAUGUGGACCUCGCGCACCGUACCACGCUUUCUCAUGGGUUUCCUCUGUCUGAUCUACUUCAGCUCGCUACCACUGGGCAUCUACCUGCUCAUGAUACAACAGCUGACGCUAGGUGUAAUCUUGGUCAGCCUGGUACCCUCCACCCUGGUCCUGUGUGUCUUCUAUGGCUUCUGCCAAUGCCUGUGCCAUGAGAUCAUGGAGGCUAUUGCCACGUAA